AAGCACAGGCAGGGGAAUUCUCUACCAACCCCUCUCGAUUCAUUUCAGUUUUUGAAGGUUGUCUGGUUAGUCAUAAACCUGACUGGGAUGACUGCCAGGUACUUCUGCGAACACUCCUUUCUGAAGUAGAGCGGAACCAAGUUUUAGCUAAGGCACGGGCAGAGGCAGAAAGAAGACAUGAACAGGAUCCAGCUACCUAUAAGGAGGCAAAAGAUCAGGUCCCUUUUACUGACCCCCAGUGGAACCCUAAUAAGCCUGAAGGUAUGGGUCCUUUAACUAAUUACAAAGAACUGUUGCUGUUUGGCCUACGUCACUCCGCAGUUCGCCAUAACAACUGGGCAAAGCCUUAUGAGAUAGUACAGGAGCCAAAGGAGAGUCUGGUAGCCUUUCUACAGCGUAUCCGGGACGCAAUUAGACAGCAUAUAACAGCCAACCCUGAGAGUCCGGAGAUUGAGGCAGUCAUAAAGGGUAUUUUCACCAGUCGGGCUGCCCCAGAUAUUAGAAGAAAAUUACAAAAGAAGGAAGAUCUCAUGGGAAUGACUAUGGCUCAGAUCCUGGAAACAGCUAACAAGGCUUACAGUCUUCGGGAUGUAGAAAAGGAGAAGAGGCAGGAUGCCUUUUUCACGAUCCCGGUGGACACACAGUCCCAGGAAAUUUUCUCCUUCGAAUGGGAAGAUGCAAACAGGAAUAAAAGGCAACUGUGUUGGACAGUGCUGGCGCAAGGAUUUAAGAACUCCCCCACUCUUUUCGGUCAAGCUUUAUCCCGGGACUUGGAAGGAUGGGAAAAUGAGAACAAAGUCCUUCUCCUACAGUAUGUGAGGGAUUCUCAGCCACUCCUCUUGGACGCACCUGUUCAUUCCCUACAGCCUGGUGACUUCGUCCUCGUCCGGACCUGGAAGGACAAACCCCUCCAGGAGAAGUGGAAAGGACCCUAUCUUGUCUUAUUGGUUUCUCACACGGCGGCGAAAGUAGAGGGACACAAGAGCUGGAUUCACUACUCCCGAUUGAAAGCUGUACCUCCACCGCAAAAUCCAAACCCCAAGCAGUGGACGGUCCAGCCUACUGGGACCGAAACAUCGGAAGAUUUGGGACUCAAGUUAUUGUUUAAACGCAAAUCACUCUAAUUUGGCCAUGUUUUUAAUAUUUGUAUGGGUGUUUACUGUUUCUGGACAAUUGGCCCCUUUAUCUUUCCGCUCCCCAGAAAAUAACUGGUGGGCUCUUUUAGCUGCCACAGCCUCUAAUUCUUCCCACUUUUGUGUAGGAAGCGGUUACACUUUAAGGUCUGUAUUUACUACUUGUUUUGUAGGAGUAGCUAUGCCCUUGCAAGAUAUUCACAAUUAUACUGAACUUGCUGCUUAUAAUAUUAAGUUGAAGGCCCAGCAG